GGAGCUAGAGAACUCGGAGCCCAGCCGCGGCCGCUCUUGCUCGAGUUUGGACAAGUUUUCUGCUCGCCCAAACUUGCAGCGCCACUCGUGCACAGGAGCCUUCCGAGCUGAAGAAAUGUCCAUCUGCCGUGUGAAGCGCUGCCUGUCUUCCCCGCUUCCAGCCGAUGAUCAGCUUGAGGAAGCCUCCCACUUGCUGGCCAACAGCCGAUUCAACGAAGCUGCAGUGGUUAUUGCCAGGGACGUGUCCCGGGUCUUCCCAUCAAACAGCCGAGUCCACGAUGUCCGCAUCGAGAUUGCGGAGAUCCUGAGGGCCUAUGCGCGAGAGGACCCUGAUCUCGGAUACACGCAGGGCAUGUGCUUUGCGGCUGCUGUGGUGGCCGUGGGUGAUGGAAAUCUCGAGGGCAAGCAACAGCGCUUCAGUCAGCUGAUGGAGAAGCUUCGUGACUUGUGGAUGCCAGGAUUCCCGUUGGUUGAGCAAGGCAUCCCUAUUGUGGAAUCCAUGCUGGCAAGCAAAGACCCGGAGCUCAUGCAUCACUUGUACCAGACAAUUAAGAUGGACCUGGGCAUGGUGAUUCCAAGUGCAUGGCUGUCGGUGUUUGGCAAGUGGCUCCCUCUCGAUGUUUUGCAAGACCUCGUGCCUUUCCUUCAGAAGGAAGGACUGGCAGGAUUUGUCAUUGUAACCUUCCUCAUGCUUCUGGCACACCGGUCUAAGCUGUUGGUUGCACGAAGUUUGGACGAGAUCCUUCCCUUUAUCAACAGUUUUUCAAAGGAAGCCGUGCCGGAUCAACUUCUGAGUGUUUGCCAGGUUUCCGUUACACAGCUGCGAAGCAGAAGUGACAGCGACGGUAUGUCAUGGGUGUCAGUCGUAGGCUGA